ACUCAUUACCAUUUUAGGCUUUUAGAGAGUGCGGUGAACAUGAUGUCAGGCUUCUACAAGAGGUGCGGGUGGUCUAUCCGCCACUGUAUCUGUAUUCAAAGUUUUUCGAGAGCAGCUUGGAAGAGAACGUUACGAGAAGCAGUGGAGAAAGGUGAAAGCCAAACGCUGGAUUGUUUUUUCUUUUCUGUCGUCAUUGACACCGCUUACCUCGAAGAAGGCUAUCCGUACCGUCAUGCCAUCGCUACAACUCGUUUUUCGUUUGUGUGAGUCUCCCCCGAGAUGGGCAUUUCAUAUCGUUCAGUUACAUUGGGUAUGCAUAGUGUGCGAUUUUUCUGUGUGCAUUCGGUGAUCUCAUGCUAUAGUUUUUGCAUCUGUUGUUGGGUGUGUGUAAUAUAUGUUAUCUUCUUGAUAUAGAG